ACAGGAGGAGGUGCUAUGAAGAGGCGGAGCGCCUCCUCACAGCGGGCGGUGUCCGCUGAAGAAAACGGGACAGGAGAGCUCCGACAGGCCGACAGAGGGACCUCAUUUCCAGGGUGGACUCACUGAAUUCCAGCGUUGGGCUGCAGCUGUCAGGAUGUCUGCCAAGGUGAGCGCCGAGGAGAUGGAGGAGAUCAGGGAAGGAUUCCAGAAAGUCGAUGUGGACGGUAACGGUUACAUCUGUGCGAAGGAACUUGGCGAUCUGUUCCGCGAGGUGGGCUGUCCGCUGCCCGGAUACCAGAUCAGGGAGCUCCUGCAGAGGCUGGACCGCGACAAAGACAGCCGCAUCAGCUUUGACGAGUUCACCACUAUCUUCAAAGAGAUGAAGGACGACCGCAUGGCUCAGGGUUUCAGGAAAGCUCUCAACAAGAAAGAAGGCAUAGUCGCCAUCGGGGGCACGAGUGAGAUCUCCAGUGAAGGAACCCAGCAUUCAAUCUCUGAACAGGAGCGCUUCGCCUUCACGAACUACAUCAACACGGCUCUGGAGAAGGAUCCCGACUGUAAGCACUUUCUGCCCAUCAACCCCAACACCGGAGCUCUGUUCAAAGCCGUGGGCGACGGCAUCCUGCUCUGCAAACUCAUCAACCUAUCUGUCCCGGAUACCAUCGACGAACGAACCAUCAACAAAAAGAAACUCACCGCUUUCACCACACAGGAGAACCUGAACUUGGCUCUGAACUCGGCCUCAGCCAUCGGCUGCCAGGUCGUCAACAUCGGCGCUCAGGAUCUAAAGGAGGGAAAACCCCACUUGGUUCUUGGACUCCUCUGGCAGAUCAUCAAGAUAGGACUGUUUGCUAAGAUCCAGCUGAGCCGCAAUGAAGCUAUUGCAGCUCUGCUGCAGGAUGGAGAAAGCCUGGAAGCUCUGAUGAAGCUCAGUCCUGAGGAGCUGCUGCUGCGUUGGGUCAACUUCCACCUGAAGACCGUCGGCAUGACCAUCACCAACUUCUCUGCAGACAUUAAGGACUCCAAAGUCUACUUCCACCUGCUGGAGCAGAUCGCUCCAGAUGGCAGCAAAGAGGAUGUUCCUCGAGUUGAGAUCGACAUGACGGGUCUCUAUGAAAAGGAUCUUAAAAAAAGGGCGGAGCUUAUGCUGAAGGAGGCCGAGCGUCUGGGCUGCAGAGAGUUUGUGACGGCCACCGACGUCGUCACCGGAAAUGCCAAACUCAACAUGGCCUUCGUGGCCACGCUCUUUAACAAACAUCCGGCUCUGACCAAACCAGAGAACCAGGAGUGGAUCGUUGAGGAUGAAUCCAGGGAAGAGAGGACGUUCAGGAACUGGAUGAACUCUCUGGGAGUCAAUCCGCAUGUCCAUCACAUCUACGGGGAUCUGCAGGACGCCAUGGUGAUCCUGCAGCUUUAUGAAAAGAUCAAGGUGAAGGUGGACUGGAACAGCAGAGUCAACCAUCCGCCGUUCAAGGGGGUCGGAGGAGGUCAUUUGAAGAAAAUUGAGAACUGCAACUACGCAGUGGAGCUGGGAAAGCAAAAGGCCGGCUUUUCUCUAGUGGGGAUCGGAGGGCAGGACCUGUACGAUGGAAACGAGACUCUCACCCUGGCGCUGGUGUGGCAGCUGAUGAGGAGGUACACUCUAAAUGUGCUGGAAGACCUGGGACACGGAGAAGUUGCUGGAGAUGAUCUGAUCAUUUCUUGGGUCAACAAGACUUUGUCUGAAGCCGGCAAAACUUCAUCCAUCAAAAGCUUUAAGGAUAAAUCCAUCAGCAGCAGUCUCCCGGUUCUGGACCUCAUCGAUGCCAUCCAGCCGCAUAGCGUCAACUUUGAGUUGGUAAAAAGAGACGGACUGUCGGACGAAGACAAACUGGACAAUGCAAAGUAUGCCGUUUCCAUGGCGAGGAAGAUUGGAGCUAAAGUUUACGCUCUGCCCGAGGAUUUGGUGGAGGUCAACCCCAAAAUGGUGAUGACCAUCUUCGCCUGUCUGAUGGGGAGGGGCAUGAAGAGGGCGUAGAGGAGCAGCAAGAGGAGUCUGCUGACUGAAUU